CUCAGUUUCUCUGUUGCUACUAUUUUAGUUCUUCUCGUAAAUCAAUCGGGUUCGGUAGAGGUUGAAAGAGAAGAGCAAAAGGAUUAAAAAGUAUGGAGGAAGGGAGAGAAGGUGACUGGGAGUGCAACGGCUGCCGGAAUAGAAACUACGCAUUCAGAUCGUUCUGCAAUAGAUGUAAGCAACCUCGGCUUCUAGUGGACACUCAAACCCCCGCCGAUUCCAAAUGGCUCCCUCGUAUCGGAGAUUGGAUCUGCACUGGUUGCAGUAACAACAAUUAUGCGUCAAGAGAAAAGUGCAAAAAGUGCGGGCAACCAAAGGAGGUAGCAGCAAUGCCAGCAAUUGCAAUGCCUGGAGCUUCUCUCCCAACUUAUGCAAAUUAUUUUGCCAGGGCACAAGGAGGACUGGGACUGAAUCUGAAUGUGGGGAUAACAGGCAAUUCUGCUCUCCAACAAUCUCUUCCAUUGAACCCUAAUUGGUCACUUGGAGUGGCUGACAAGUAUAAUGCUCAGUCAGCUUCUGGUUGGCCUUUAGGUGGAAACAGUGGUGCUGGAUUUCUAUAUACGAACAAUACAAAUCCGCUAUUUGUGGUUCCCAAAGGAUGGCGCAUUGGUGAUUGGAUAUGCAACUGUGGCUUUCACAACUAUUCUUCUCGUGCACAGUGUAAAAAAUGCAAUGCUCCUACUACACUAUCUAGCGCACCCUCUUCUGUGGUGAAAACAGAAGUUACCGAUUUGUUCCCAACUCAUGGGACAAAACGGUUGGCGUCAGAGGAAUUUGUUAAUGAAUGGGAUAACAAGAGGCUAAAUGCUGGAGCUAUAAACAAUAACUUUCUGACAAAUGGACAGCAGCAGCAGUCAUAUCAGGGAUUUUUGCAGAUGCCAGGAUCCAGUAAUGACCAAGCACCUGGAACGUAUGCCCCUUACCCUACUGGAAGUUCAUCAACUGCCACAACUGUACAAGUUCAAAUGCAGCUACCACAGUUGUCAACAAUUCCUACCCUUCUAGGGAAAGGUGCAAAACAAUGGCGUGAUGGAGAUUGGAUGUGCACAAACUGCAAUAAUCAUAAUUAUGCAUCUCGAUCGCAUUGCAAUAGAUGUAAGACUCAAAGAUACACACUCAGCCAGCCUGUUAGUGUUGCGUAGUUUCUACUUCCCUAGAGAGGUUGAGUUGGUCUACCUCUGCUCUUGGCUUUUU